GGCAGAACACGCUAGUCCUAAACGGGAUGGUCGGGCUGACUGAUGGCUUCCCCCCAGAUGGCUGGGCCUCGGCAUGUGAGAGCGUCGAACCCUCCAUCUCGCCUACAAUCCUAACUUAGGGAUCCCAUUGUCAUCCCAACGCCCCAGGCUCUUCUUCCUCUUUAUUCCUCACACAUCCUCACCUUCUCGAAGAUUGACGAACCUCACUCUUUCUUUUCAUAUUCCCUACGCUCUUCCAAUCUUCCACACACACCACCGUCGCAAUGGCCUCCCCACAGAAGAUCCGUACCCCCAUCACCGAGAUGUUCGGCAUCAAGCACCCCGUGCUUCUGGCCGGCAUGAACGUCGCUGCUGGCCCCAAGCUCGCCGCCGCCGUCACCAACGCCGGCGGUCUUGGUGUCAUUGGCGGUGUCGGCUACACGCCCGACAUGCUCAGGGAGCAGAUCGCCGAGCUCAAGGAGCACCUCGACGACAAGAACGGCCCGUUUGGCGUCGACCUGCUUCUCCCCCAGGUCGGCGGCUCGGCCCGCAAGACCAACUACGACUACACAAAGGGCAAGCUCAACGAGCUCGUCGACAUUGUCAUUGAGUCGGGCGCCAAGGUCUUCGUCUCGGCCGUCGGCGUGCCCACCAAGGAGGUCGUCGAGAAGCUGCACAAGAACGGCGUGCUCUACAUGAACAUGAUCGGCCACGUCAAGCACGUCCAAAAGUGCCUCGACCUCGGCGUCGACAUUAUCUGCGCCCAGGGCGGCGAGGGUGGUGGCCACACUGGUGACAUCCCCACCACCGUCCUCAUCCCCGCCGUCGUCGAGAAGUGCAAGAAUGCCAAGUCGCCCGUGACCGGCGGACCCGUCCAGGUCGUCGCCGCUGGCGGCAUCCACAACGGCCAGCUCCUCGCCGCGUCGCUCAUGAUGGGCGCCGGCGCCGUCUGGGUCGGCACCCGCUUCAUCCUCACCGACGAGGCUGGCGCGCCCAAGUCGCACAAGGACGCCGUCCGCACCGCCGGGCACGACGACAACGUGCGCACCAUCAUCUUCACCGGACGCCCCAUGCGCGUCCGCAACAACGACUACAUCAACGACUGGGAGACCAACCGCACCGCCGAGAUGAAGGAGCUCGCCGCCAAGGGUGUCAUCCCCUACGAGGCCGACCUCGACAAGGUCAUGGGCGGCGAUGACGACGCCAAGAAGCCCAGCUUGACGGACACCGGCAGUGAGGACGACGACGAGGACGACCCUCUCGAGAAGUUCCGCCCCUUCCUCAUGGGCAAGUGCGCCGCUGUCGUCAACGAGCAAAAGCCGGCGCGCGCCGUGGUGGACGAGUUUGUCAACGAUGCUGUGACCUGGAUGCAAAAGGGCAGCAAGAUGAUUGCCAAGCUGUGAAGAGAGAGAGGCCGUUCAAGACGCGCUUGUUAUAUAUAUAUCAUGAUGAUUAUGUAGAUGAUGGGAACCUCGUUUCCCUUGAGUGUUGCUUUUUCAUAUACAGCAUGCAUGCAGUUCUAGCAAUCAAGAGUGAGAGAAUUGUCUAUCCGCGUUACCAUUCCAGCCUGUGCCUAACCAAACGCACGCGCGCGCGCGCGCAGACAUCACAUCAUGUAUAUCGUCUACCCCCCUGAACACCUGCCCAUGUAACAAAAACAAGUCGUCGAGAAAAGAGACC